GAUGACGGCAAGCCCUGUCCUCCGAGACCGAUGCCGCCUAGGGACGUCAAGGGCAACCCUUGCCCGAAGCCGAUGCCAGAUAUGCAAGACAUGAAGGUGCCUGAAGGAUGUCCACUGCCAGAGAGAGGUACUGACGGCAAGCUUUGCCCCGGGCCGAAGGAAUUGAAGGACAUGCACUUGCCCGAAGGCUGUAAGCCCCCGCCACCGCCGCCCCCUCCCGGAUGCGGUCCUCCACACCCCCCACCACCUCCAAUGGAUCCUAAGAAAGGUACGCACACAUCACACGGCGUUGCGACAAAUUGACGAGCGAGCAAAAAAACAAAAAACAGGUGACGGAGAAGAGAAAGGCAAGAACGACGGUGAGGGCAACACUGGCGAGUCAGAGAGCUCAGAUUGAUUGCGUCGUAUUUGAUGCAUUGCAAGGCCGCGCAGCCUGGGC